CGCUGCCGGGCGGCGAGCGGGCAUGGGUUUGGACGCGAGCGCCGAUUGGUCGGGGUCUGGGGCGGGGGCGCGAGACGUGCGCCGAUUGGCUGGGGGGCGGGGCAGCGGGCGCCGAUUGGCCGCGGCGCGCCGCCGGCGUGUGCACCCCGCCCGCCCCUCGCGCCGCCGCCGACGCCGCCGACGCCGCCGCCGCCGCCGCCGCCCGGGUCAUGGUGCUGGGCCGCGGGCUGCUCGGCCUCCGGAGCGUCUCCGCACUGGGAGCCGCCUGCGCCCGCCGCGGCCUGGGCUCGUAACCCCCGCGCAGGCAGGCCGCCUGGGGUCGGGAAAAGGCGCCGCGGCGCUUGAGUCAGGCUUGGCGGGGGCUGAAGACAGCGGGGUCACUGGUCAGCUGGGGGUUGCUGCAGCAACUGUGCCCGGUCGUGGCAUCAGGACGCCAGGGCUCCUGUGCUGUGUCAGCCUGGCACGGCCUCCUGUGGACGCUGACCGGGGCUGCCCUUUGUCUUCAGGUCCGGCCCUGCUGGGCGUCCUUCUCCAUCACACGGACUGUAGGAAGAGCUCCACCAUGGACCAGGGAACCCUGAGGGUCGAGUUGCUGCCCGCGCUGACCGACAACUACAUGUACCUGAUCAUCGACGGCGAGACCAAGGAGGCCGCCAUCGUGGACCCGGUGCAGCCUCAGAAGGUCGUAGAAACGGUGAACAAGCACGGCGUGAAGCUGACCACAGUGCUCACCACCCACCACCACUGGGACCACGCUGGUGGGAACGAGAAGCUGGUCAAGUUGGAGCCUGGGUUGAAGGUGUGUGGGGGCGAUGACCGGAUCGGGGCACUGACUCACAAGGUCACGCAUCUGUCCACACUGCAGGUGGGGUCUCUCAACGUCAAGUGCCUGUCGACACCGUGCCACACUUCCGGCCACAUCUGCUACUUCGUGAGCAAGCCCGGGAGCUCUGAGCCUCCUGCUGUGUUCACAGGCGACACCUUGUUCGUGGCUGGCUGUGGGAAGUUCUACGAAGGGACAGCGGACGAGAUGUACAAAGCCCUGCUUGAGAUCCUGGGCCGGCUCCCUCCAGACACGAGAGUGUACUGCGGCCACGAAUAUACCAUCAACAACCUCAAGUUCGCGCGCCACGUGGAGCCCAACAAUACUGCCAUUCAGGAGAAACUGGCCUGGGCCAAGGAGAAGUAUGGUAUCGGGGAGCCCACAGUGCCGUCCACCAUCGCGGAGGAGUUCACCUACAACCCGUUCAUGAGAGUGAGCCUGGCCUUCGGCUUCCGCAGGGAGAAGACGGUGCAGCAGCAUGCUGGCGAGACGGACCCGGUGACCACUAUGAGGGCCAUCCGCAAAGAGAAGGACCAUUUCAAGGUGCCCCGGGACUGAGGUGGCCGUAGGGCCUGGGGCGCCCGUGGCCACUGCCGCCUUCAAGCACAUUUUGGGUGUUCAGAUGUUUUAGGUGAAUUUCCUGCCAGGAGUGGAGGAAAUUCAAUCUUGGCUUAAUUUUAAAUUAAUUUCAGAGCCCUUUGCCCGUGUUAUCAGAUGUUCUAAUGCAUAUUUAUAAGAGAAGUCUAGAAAGUGUAUUAUUCCCCGA